AUGUACUUGAACGGCGCUCAGAAUCAGAACUUCGUUCAGCAUCCUGCCCGCGUCACCGGCCUACAGCUGCAAAGCCAAAGCCGAAGUCCCAGCUCGGAAGCUCCUCGCUCUAUGGAAAGAUCUGCUCCGGAGUACUCGCAGUCAGGUUUGCCUUCGCCCUAUCCAAGCGUCUACGGCGACACCCAGUCUGAAGCUUCCUCUGCAGAUCACGCAUCUGCUGCCCAGUAUUCGAGCACAGGGGAACCGCGUUCGGCCAACUACUCCACGUCCGCGACGCCCACGUCAGAGUACAGUGUCUACCCGCCAUCGGCCAGGUCAAGUUCGUUUCCCGAACAUCUCCAGCGUACAUAUCAUCCUGCGAGCACCCACGGAGGUAGCAGCGGAGGUAUGGCGCAAACACCAACAAGUCCGUCCAUGCCUACACAAGAUGGACGCAACCAUCAGCCUCAGCAGGUCAAAUCUAAUGACGAUAUACCCUUAGAUCCAUCUCUCACGGCACCUAGCCCUACGUACGGCCAGAACCAGUACUCCCCGUACGCUGCGCCGCCUCAACACCACGACAACAUGCAGAGUUACCCUCAAAGUGGUGGCCUCUACCCGCAGGCAAGGCCUGACUGGGCAAACUAUGGCCAGCCUGGUCAAGUACACCACCCUCACAUGUAUCCUCCCACUCCGACAUCUGCCGCGCCGCAUGGUAGACCCGCGCAGGUAUAUUCCUUUGUCCCGAUCCCAGGUGCCCAGCAGCACAAGCGGCCUCGCCGGCGGUACGAGGAGAUUGAGCGCAUGUACAAGUGCGGCUGGAAUGGUUGUGAAAAGGCCUACGGUACACUCAACCACCUGAAUGCUCACGUUACAAUGCAAUCGCACGGUCAAAAGCGGACCCCUGAAGAAUUCAAAGAGAUCCGUAAAGAAUGGAAGGCCCGCAAGAAGCAGGAAGAGGCUGAUCGUAAGGCGGCCGAUGAGGCCGAACGUCAGCGCCAGGUCCAAGAGGCCACACACAACGGCGCCCAGGCCGAUGCUGGUGCCGGUCAGGCAGCCCAAGCCUACGGCAGCAGUUUGCCUCCGAUUCGCUACCAGCCGACUGCUGGCGGGAGCGCAUAUCCCGCGCCCCCGUCAUCAGCCGCAGUGCCUCAGCAACCGCUGCCCGAGUACGCUAGUCCAAGUGGCAGCGCGUACCCGAGCCAGUACAUGCCAGCUUCGCCCUAUGCACCACCCCCUGGCCAGCAGCAGAUGUACAGCCAACGUCAGUAA